GUCAAGAUGAAGACACUUGUGCUUUUUGCUGUUGUUGUGCUGGGAUGCAGCCUGGUCGGAGCUCGAAAUGUGACCAAAUGUGAACUGAGGCAGCAGCUGAUGGUGGCAUUCACCUCCCUACCGAACAAUGUAAUGGUGAACGGACUGACUGAAGAUCACUUCUUAGCCAAGGUGGUCUGCCACGCAGAGCGUCUUUCAGGCUUUGACACCAAUGCCAUGACCAAUCUGACCCACGGGACGGGAAAAGAGAGUCUUGAGGACUCAAGUGAGAGCGGAUCUAAGGAGAAGGGCAAGAAAAAUGGGAAGGGAAAAGGCAAGGGGAAGGACAAGUCCUCCGAAAGCAACGAGGAUGAUGUGGAUGUGACCCUUUACGGCCUUUUCCAACUCCCCGGGAAUCUGGUCUGCAGCAGCGCCAACGGCACCUCACUCAACAUCUGUGGCAUCAGCUGCAACAAACUAACUGAUGAUGACAUCUCUGAUGACAUCAUCUGUGUGGUGAAGCUCAUCAAUGAGCUUGUAACAAAAGGCUUCAUGGCAAAGAACUCAAAGGAGCUUUGGAAAGCUGUCAGGGAACUCGUAGGUGACGACUGCAAGAAUGUGGGCCAGUACUUCAGUGAAUGCUGAGAAACUUUGUUUCCCCAUUAAAUCUCAAUAGAAUGAUGGGUCUUUCUUUACCAAAUUAUUGAGAAUAAUAAGCAAAUAAAAAAUAUGAAGCAUG